GGAAAGUACUGCGCACGCGCUCGGCGGGAUUAACGUGCGGGUAGAAAAGUGGCGCUGCUGCUGUGGCGCUCAGCUCCGGUGGUUGCCUUAGCAAUGGACGGGGAGUCAGAGCCAAACCCUGCCAUCGCAGAAGAGGCAGGGGAGCAGGUGGAGUCCAUGGAUGCCACACCCUCCCACGAGCAACAAACCACACCCCCUUCAGAGGAGGCUGGGGAGGCAGUUUCCAUGGUAACAGAAGAUGAAACCACAAAGGAGGGCGUCACAGAGGACAAUGAUGAUGAUGUGGUUCUGGUGGAGGAGGAGGAGGAGGAGCAGCAGCAGCAGCAGCAGCAGGAGGAGGAGGAGGAGGAGGAGGAAGAGGAGGAGGCUCCCCAGCCUUCUGCCACAAGCCUUUCACAAGACACGCCCAGCUCAGAUGGCCUCGAGCCAACUGACGAUGUGGCAUCUGUAGACAUGUCCACUGCAGCGAUGCCUUCCAAGACCCCCAGUCCUCCUGCGUCUUCCAACGCAUCCACAGUGGAAUCACUUUCAAAACCUCCAACCACAGCAGCAGAGCCCAUUGUCAUUGAUGAUGAGGAGGACUCUGAACAAAAAGAAACUUCCUCCUCCUCACCAGCGCCUCCUGGGGUCUCCUCCAUAUCCCACUCGCCUGGUGCACUCAGCAGCACCGAGCCAGAUUCAGAGAUCAGGAUCGCCAGUGUCACCACGCUGGGCUCCAGUAGCCAGAAAGGAGAGUCUGCAGAAAAUUCUCCACCACAUCCAGCAGACGGCCAGGCAGACAUGAACCUGAUGAUAACCUCGGUGACAUCACUGCAGGGAGGAGUGGCAGCUGUCACAGCGGCAGGUGAAGGCCAGGUGGAGGAAAAUGGCCUGCAGAUAAGCAACGCCUUCAGCCUGAAUCCUGACACCCCAUCUGGCCGACCAACAGCCUCCUUCAACCCAGGGCGGGGCUCGGGCCCCAUGGGCCAGCUGGUACAGAAUGGAGACACGGGGACACACAACAGAGCAGAUUCAUGGAUCUCUCAAUCUGCUUCAGUCCCCCGCAACCAAAAGCAGACCGGGGUGGACUCUCCGUCACCAGCCACCUCACUACCCAAACCUCCAGGCCAGUCUUCCUCAUCAACUUCAUCCUCAGGCUCCCAGCCACAGCCCAGGACGGUCAAGGUGACCUGUGCUAACUGUAAAAAGCCUCUGAAGAAAGGCCAAACGGCUUACCAACGAAAAGGCUCCACUCACCUGUUCUGCUCCACCACCUGUCUCUCUGCCUUCUCACACAAACCUGCCCCCAAGAAGAGCUGCACUAUGUGCAAAAAGGACAUCACAAAUAUGAAGGGUACCAUCGUGGCCCAGGUUGACUCCAGCGAGUCUUUCCAGGAGUUCUGCAGCACAGGCUGCCUAGGCGCAUACGAGAACAAGCAAAACCCUCCCAAAUCGGGCCUGAAAACCAAAUGUACUGUCUGCGGGCAGCUCACAGAGUGUCGUGCUGUCACCACCAACGCAAAGAACCAGGGCGCAGUGGAUGAAGCCACACCUGCUCAGAUCCGGCACGAGGUUAGCUUCAAGACUGUGACGCACAAGAUCUGCAGCGACGCGUGUUUCAACGUUUACCGCAGGGCCAACGGGUUGAUCAUGAACUGCUGCGAGCAAUGUGGCGACUACCUGCCCACCCGAGCAUCAGCCAACCACUUUCUGCUGGUCGAUGGCCAACAGAAACGAUUCUGCUGUCACACCUGUAUCAGGGAGUUCAAGCAGGCCCACAGCAAACUUGCGAGCUGCGCGAGUUGCAAAACGCUGAUAAAGACGGGCGAGGUGCUCCACAGCCUCGGAGCGACUGGCACCAUGUGCUCCUUCUGCUCGGUCAACUGCAUGAACAAGGGCAAACUGACGUCGACCUCCUUCAUCAAUACAGAACCCUCAUGUCACUUCUGUAAGAGGAAUUCAUUACCGCAGUACCAGGCCACGCUGCCAGAGGGAAACAUCCUCAACUUCUGCAGCUCACAAUGUGUCACCAAGUUCCAGAAUGCUACUCUUCAAACAGCCACAAACGGAGAGACGCCACUCUCCACUACAAACAACACAGUCCAGCUGAAAUGUAACUACUGUCGAGGAGCGUUCAGUUUGAAACCUGAAAUUCUGGACUGGGAGGAUAGAGUCUUCCAGUUUUGUAGUAAGGCGUGUUGUGAGGACUACAAGAAGCUCCACUGCAUUGUGACGUUUUGCGAGUACUGCCAAGAGGAGAAGACGCUACACGAGACGGUCAACUUUUCUGGGGUCAAGAGACCUUUCUGCAGUGAAGGUUGUAAACUCUUAUACAAGCAGGACUUUAUCAAGCGUUUGGGUCUGAAGUGUGUCAGCUGUAACCACUGCAGCCAGCUGUGUAAGAGAGCUCUCACCCGGCAGCUUGGUGGCAUGACUCGGGACUUCUGCAGCGAGGGGUGUGCCAAGAAGUUCCACGACUGGUACCACAAGGCGGCGCGGUGUGACUGCUGUAAGGUGCAGGGUAACCUGACAGAGUCUGUGAUGUGGAGAUCAGAAAUGAAGCAGUUCUGUGACCAGGAGUGUCUGUUGAAGUUCUACUGCCAACAGAACGAUCCCAUCAUGGUCACACAGAGAGGCCCUGAGAACUCCGGACUAGGGAUUGUAGCGCAAGGGGCCAAACCUGGGCAUGUGAACCAGGGCACUGUAGCAUACGCUGGUGGAGGUUUGAUGAGAGAUGUCAAGAACAAGGCAGUGCUCUGCAAACCGCUUACCUUGACCAAGGCCACCUACUGCAAGCCACACAUGCAGAGCAAACUUCUACAGACAGAUAUAGACGAUGGUGUGAAGAGGGAGUAUGUUCCUGUACCCAUACCUGUGCCUGUCUUCAUCCCCAUGCCCAUGAAUAUGUAUUCCCAGAUGACUCCCACUCCAGUCUCUCUGCCUAUUCCGGUUCCUGUGCCUAUUUUCCUGCCCACCACGCUGCAGGGGGCAGAACAGAUCAUCCAGACCAUCCGUGAUCUCAAAACCAAGUUGGCCUCUGACUCUCUGGAGGCUGAAUUAAUUUCCCUGGCGAAUAUGAUCGCAGAGGAGCAGAAGCCAGCAAAUGAUGAGAGUGAGCAGCAAACUGGCUCAGUUUCAGAUGUGAAGCCGGUAAAAGUAAAGAGGGAGUGUGAAGGGGAGGAUGCCUCCGGUAGCAGCUCAGAGAAAGAGGAAGACAAAGAAGAGGAGGAAGAAGAAAAGGAGGAGGAGGAAGAAGUAGAAGGAAAAGAGGAGACGGAGGUGGAAGAAGAGGAGGAAGAAGAAAAGGAGGAGGAAGAAGAGGAGGAAGAGAAGUAUGAGCCAGACCUGGACCUGGAGGCAGACUUCCCUCAAGCCUCAGACCCUGUUCCAGUCUUUGAAGGUAUGGACGACGACAUGGGAUUCUCUCUACCUCCGGUCUUAGCAGAAGAGAAGGAGGAGUCGGAAGAGACGUCACCUCGGCCCAUGCCCAUGAGAAAAGGGAACAAGAGGCUUGCGGUGGAGGAGGGCUCAGAUUCAGCCUCGUCCCCUUCUUCCAAUCCAGCGGGCAUACGCUCAGGGGGACGAUCGCUGCCUCUCAAAGCCCGUUAUGGCAUCAACGCCUGGAAGCGCUGGGCACUGUCUCGUUCUCACCAAUCAGAUGACACCAAAGUAAAAGAUGGAUCCAAACCAGCUCGGUCAAAAAGUAACUUGUUGUCGCUGAGUUCGGAGGAGCUGAACGGGGCUCUGUCCCGGUUUGUCAGUGAGGUCUGCCGGACCAAUGGGGAGCGCUACUCUCCAGACAGUAUCCUCUACCUCUGUCUGGGGAUCCAGCAGCACCUCCAAGCAAAAGGCCGGAAGGAUGACCUGUUCAGUGACAUUUGCUACCAGCAGUUUGGAGAGGAUCUGAACAAAGUGCUGAAGGACUGGCAGCCCAGCGUGCUUCCUGAUGGCUCUCUGUGGGGUAGAGUGGAGGAGCAGAGCCUGUGGAGCAGUGGGCAGCUCGGGGAGCAGAGUCCCGCCGCUCUGCUGCGUUCACUGGUUUACCUGAACACCAAAUACUUCGGCCUGCGCACCGUGGAGCAGCACCUCCGCCUCUCCUUCGCCAACGUCUACGGCCCUGACACUGUCCAUCCUGUUACAAAGGAGACAAACGUCUGCAUCCGCGUGCCUUCCAUCUCUCAGGAUAACCACGUACAAACGGAGUCAAGGAAGAGGAAGCGGAAAUUGGAGGAGGGCGAUCAGGACGACGACUCAGGAGGCUCCACUGUUCGCUGCCCGGUUAAGAAGCACGAGUGUCACCUGUACGACCUCUACAGAUCAAAGUGCCCGACGUUGUUGCGGGAGCGUCUAGACAUCUUUUACGUUCAGCCGGAUCCGGCCUGCAGCCCCGACGACCCGCUGUGGUUCUCCUCCACGCCGCUGGAGCGAUGUAUCCUGGAGAGCCUCCUCACCAGAGUCCUCCUGGUCAGGGACAUUUACACAGACAAACAACAACUAGAGGAAGAGGAGGAGGAGGAGGAGGAAGACGACAGCACUCAAGCUGCUGGGGGGGUGUAGAAGUCACUUUGGACCUUUAGUCGAGCCUGAACAGUCAGCAGCAGAGUUGGAGGAGGAAACAGAGAUUAACUAGUAGCUUGUGUACACUCCUCCUUGCUGAAUUGUUGAUUCCUCCGGGUGAGGGAUGUUUGCAGAAAAGGCCCUGAACAGGUAGAGGAUGACAGUGGUGGCGACGAUCAACUCGUCGUCCUGCUGAUUGAGUUACAAACAGGAUGAGAAAGUAAUGAAGCUAGACAACACAAUUAUAUCUCCAUUCAUUAAACAGAGGAGGAGGAACAGGCAGAUAUACCCUGAUGUAAGGAUCUAGUUUGGAGGAGGAAGGUGGUGGAGCUGUAAUCUGUUCUGCUCUAACUGAGUUAAAUCAGGUGUAAUACUUGAGUCCUAACAGUUAGCACCAUGAUAUUAUGGGUGGUCCUGUUGUGCAUUGUCAUCAAUUCUGAUCAUGUAGCUUGUUUUAGUACUCAAACAAGCAGAUAUUUGAGCUUUCAAUAAUGCAGAAUCAUGCUUUAAAAAGUUUAUCAGGAGGCUACUAGGAGACGACAAGGGACAGGAAGCCAUGGAAUUAUCUCCUCUUACUUUAGAGCUGUUUUGUCCUCGCCAUCGCUCCGUGGAUGAAAAGGAGCAGGAGGAGCGCAUGAGGUCUAGAAUAACUUACAAAGUGAAUCAAAAAGGAAGGGAGAGGAAAGGGUCAGACGCGACAACCAGCGGAGGAGGUCAGAGUUUUUAUGUUACAGCUGGUAGGUGUUGUGAAAAAUGGAGCCGCCGCAGGGGUAAAAUAAUUUUCUCUGGCCACCGUCAUCCCAACUUAACCACUGAUUGUGUUUGACAGAAAGUGUCACUUUAUAUCGCAAAUGAUUAUUUGAAUGAAUGAUUUAACUCUUAAUAGCAUUUGACAACACGACACUGAUGUAACAAUGAGCUUUUGUCCACUGCUUCCUAACUUUUUUUAAUAUUUGAACAUUUCUAUCAUUUAAUGAAAGCAGUGGUGUAGCUUUGGUGGUUUAAUAGAGUUUUUAAAAGCCGUGCACACCCUCAAAUGUUACUAUUGGCACAUGUCCCAUCUGAUAUAGAGGAGGCAGGGUUUAUCCACGCUAGAUGGCAAACAAGGUUCUUUGGCUUCACUUUUAGGGAGCAGCCAUGGGAGAUGACACAGAAGCCCAGGUAAAAUAAACCAAAUCACUGGCGUGGGUUUCUAGGGGGAAGGGUGGCGGUCUGUCCCUUAUUCAGGCUUGAGUGCAUCAUGAAAAUCUGCAGUUUGACUUGUUAAUCGCGUCUCAAACCCAUCUUCCUCCCGGUCCUCAGUAUCUCACAUCUCCAUUAUUCUGGGUUGCUUUCAUUCCUCUUCAUCCUCCCGCUCCUCGCUGCUCUUCCUCUUGUCAGUUCUGCUCUCAGGCGAAACCGUUUCCCCACAGAGGACGAUCCCGGGCCAGAAAAAUGGACGACUACACCUCAAGUCGUCUCUUACUGGGUCUGGCUCGUCCAACAUGCUGCGUUUCUUUAUUAGGACACUAGGGGAACCUUCACUCAUGCCAUGUAAGCAUUACUUGUGUUCCCAAGCCCUGAUUGGGUUGUUUUGAAGUGUAAAUAUCUUCUGAAACAAGACGGUUAUUUCAGAUUGAGUCGACACAGACUGACGAACACACCCACUGAAAGCUUCAGCCUAAACCCUUUUUUAUAAAGACUGAAUAUUUAUUUCUCUUUAUUAGUUUGACUCGAUCAUCUGUGGAUUUGGGAUUUUUUAUAGGUGUCAUUUUCUGUCGACAUUCAUUCAUCGAAAAUCCGCUGCAGCCUCACCUCUCUUCCAUUUAACGGUCUCUGUGCAGCAACCUGCUUAACAUGAAGGAUGUUGAUUAUUCAGAACUCAACGGUCUGUUUUUCUGACUUUCCUUUCCGCUUCUGUCAAAGUGUUUGUUGUUUCUUGAUAUUUGAGUCUUAUUUGCACUAAAUAUUGAUUUAGUUUAAAUACUCAGCAAUUGUUAAUUGCUACAGGACGGCAAGGCAAGGCUUGUAUCAGAAUAAAGGAUUGGUUUAAAAUUUCAUUAUUUUUUUCCAUGGACUACAGUAUCAUUAUUUUUCCUUUUAUACUCGUCCCCUUUUUUACUUUUUUGUUUUUUAUUUGAAUUGUCGUUCAAUAAAUUGGAGAAAGUGAGUUCAAAUCAAGUCAAUAUUAAUUGAGGGAAAUUUGUUUCUACUUCUACUAUAUCAGGAGAACCGCAACAGUUUUACACCUUUUACAAAUGUAUGCUUCCACAACCAGUGCCCAGAACAUUAGGAACACCCUCCACAGUCACAUCGUUAAAAGUUUUAUUUUACCCAAAUGUUGCUUUGCGCAUCUAAUGGUCUGGAACCGCACCGUGUCAUGAAAGGAACAUGUGCUAACAGUGGAUUUAACGGGAGAAGAUUAAACCACUUUUACACUUGACUGUGGAAGUUAAUGAAACUGACCCUGAAUCUGAAGACCCCUUUGAUUUAAAACAGCCAUUCCCCCCCACCCCCUGCUGGACUCUGAGGCAGCAACCAAACCUGCCACAGGUUUGGACCUAAGCAUUAGCUGCUGUGGCUGGCUUCAAUGCCUAAUGUGAAUGUGCCUCUGUAAAUACUGAAAAUGAGUGAUUGUGACCUGAGUCUGAUGCUGUGUGUGGGCUGAUCUGCUGAUACGGUCAUGUUAAAUAAAUGAUUUCAUUUUCUAA